UGAAGCACUACUGGCGAGCCAGUCGCGGACGCCGGUUUCUCGCGAAACAGCGAGGACUUGCCGCAACAAUUCAGGCUCGUGUGCGGACCUGGCGCGUGCAGCGCGGACGACAAUUGCAUCUAGAAGCACGUGAUCUGCUCGUUUCAGGUGUUCUGCUUCUCCGGUGGCGCUUGCGCGACAAGUGGCGAGAGCAGAGCGUCAUCCGUGUGCAGACUCGAUGGCGUGGAUGGCGCGUGCGAAGGGCGUACCUACUUGUGCGGCACUUCGAAGCGCAGAAGAGAGCGGCGCUGAUCAUUCAGAAACACGUUCGUAGACUGCUAGCCAUGCGCAAUGCCGACCGCCGCCGCUUUCAGCGGCUUUAUGUUUUUGCUGCAGCCGUUCUCCAGCGUAAAAGCCGACAGUUUCUUGCAGCGCGGGCGCUUCAUGUCUUAUCGUUGGUUCAGCGCUAUGCAAGUGCCACUGCCG